AGCCGUGUCGGAGCCGUCGAAGUCGCUUUGGCCGACUCUGAUAUACAGGCCGUAGAUCUGAAGGUUGAAUAUCUGGUCAAUCCAUUGGCAGUCGAUAUAACUCAACCACGACUUCAAUGGACACUACAGGCGCUGAAUAAGACAAAACAGAAUUUGUCGCAAAAGGCUUAUCAAAUACUUGUGGCCACCGAUCGGCAAAAUCUGGACAAAAACAUCGGUAAUCUAUGGGACAGUAAGAAAGUGGUGAGCGAUCGGACCAAUCAUAUUAAAUAUGGCGGCACACCGUUGAAGGCCGGGAUGAGAGCCUAUUGGAAAGUGCAUGUAUGGGAUCAGAAUGACCGGGUGCUGGACAAACAUCCGGGUCAUAUCGGUUUCUGGGAUAAAGGCUUGGAUGCGAGCGAUUGGACGGCUCAAUGGGUCGGCGCUCCCAAAGGCACACAACAACAGGCGCUCAAAAAUCUCGCAGAUAUUGACGCAAAUUUGAUUAAAUCAAAGCCCGGUUUAGUGCCGGUGCUAUACCUACGCAAAAGUUUUGCAACCAAUUCAAAAGUAAAAUCGGCUAAACUGUACGCCACAGCGCAGGGCGCCUACAAGUUGGCCAUUAAUGGCCGCGAUAUUAACAAAUCAGUUCUGGACCCGGAAUGGACUGACUAUAACAAGACUAUCCAAUACCAGGCCUAUGACGUGACCGAUGAGUUGGCGGCCAAAAAUACCAUAAGCGUUACAAAUUAGUAAUUAUUAUAUUUUAAUUAUUAUAUUUAUAUUAUAGUUAACAGUAAUGUAUUGUCGAUAUUUCAUCUUAACUACUAAAUUGGCCAAAAAGUUACUUUAAUAUAGAAUACGAUAAAUUGUGGGUUCUUUUAAAUUAGAACUGAUUUGUUGUACAUUAUAUGCAACAAUUGCACCAUUAAUUAUAUCCAUAUAUUUGUCAAUAAUAAUA